ACACCCUCCGCACCGCUCUGGCCGCUGAGUUGCGCUCAGGAGGGCCGCACUGAGCCAUCUGACUCGCUCGCUAGUCAGUCUUCAGCGAUGCCCCAGCGGAAUGGCAGCGAAAGUGGCGAAGGGACUGAAGAGAUCGCUCUCCGUGGAGGAUCUGCCGGAGGCCAAGGUGCCAAGGACUGACCAGGAGACGCAGAGGAGUGCGUUCUUGCGCGAGGCGCUGCAGAAGAUCGAGCUGCUGCAGUCCAUCAUUGCGCAGGAGGACGAAAGCGAGGACUCAUCCGAGGGUGAGUCAGAGGAGGAGAUUGACGAGAGCGCGGAUGCUGAGUCGCUUGGCUUCGCCAUGUGCGCCCGCGAGACCAUCCAAUUCCUCAUCGGUCAGGGCUUUGCCGUGGACAGUGACCUGAUUGUGGCGCUGAAGGAGCGCCUCGUGGGCCGCAUGAGUGGUCUUCCCUUCUGACCAGACGCACAGCCAAGAGAGAGACACAACAGCUGCGCGUGAAUUGAGUGCGGAGCGUAAAAUUCGAGAGGGAACGACGAGAAAGGGUGUUUAAUAUUGUGUGUUUGUGUGUGUGUUGUGCGGAAGGUUUCUGAAACUUUCCAGCCUCAGAUGAGAACUCCCCAGAGCAUGCCCAAAGGUCCUCCCUCAAGAGAGAUUCUAGUCAUUUAUAGCCACGAUAAGAUGAAGACAAAGAUGUUUAGUUCUUAAGUCACUGUAAACUUCAUGUAAAAUCCCAUUUGUAAAAUCCUCCACCCACACAAUUGUCGCAGAAAUACAAAUUUCAAUGUUUUUAGAAACAAGACAAGCAUUCACUGUAAUCCACUCCACAAUACAGGUAAAUUAUACUAUAUAAAUUAUACAAUGAGUUUGAGAGGAGAGAAGUGUUUAUCCCAAUAA